AUGGGAAGGAAACACAUAGUACAGUGUGCACUGGGUACAUGGAAUUCUCACAAGCCAACAACCAAACUCUUCAUUGAUGGGAAAUUUGUUGAGUCCAAAACUACUGAAUGGAUUGAUAUCCACAACCCGGCCACAAAUGAAGUGGUUGGCCGUGUACCAAAAGCCACAGCCAGUGAGAUGGAGGCAGCUGUGGCUUCUUGCAAAAAGGCAUUUUGGAACUGGUCAGAAACAUCUGUUUUGAGUCGCCAGCAAAUUUUCCUGCGUUAUCAACAACUCAUCAAAGACAAUCUGAAAGAAAUUUCAAAACUCAUCACCUAUGAGCAAGGGAAGACCCUGGCUGAUGCUGAGGGAGAUGUGUUCCGAGGCCUCCAGGUGGUUGAACAUGCUUGCAGUGUGACAUCCCUCAUACUGGGAGAGACCAUGCCCUCCAUCACUAAAGACAUGGACACUUACACCUACCGUCUGCCUCUGGGCGUGUGUGCAGGAAUUGCACCGUUCAAUUUCCCAGCCAUGAUUCCUCUUUGGAUGUUCCCCAUGGCUAUGGUUUGUGGAAACACCUUCUUGAUGAAACCAUCUGAGCGUGUACCAGGAGCACUCAUGUUCCUUGCCAAGCUGUUCCAGGAUGCUGGAGCCCCUGAUGGGACGCUGAAUAUCAUCCAUGGACAACAUGAAGCUGUGAAUUUCAUUUGUGACCAUCCGGAUAUCAGAGCAAUCAGCUUUGUGGGAUCUAAUCAGGCUGGCGAGUACAUCUAUGAGAGAGGAUCCCGGCAUGGCAAGAGAGUCCAGGCCAACAUGGGAGCCAAGAACCAUGGUGUGGUGAUGCCUGAUGCCAAUAAAGAGAACACCUUGAACCAGCUGGUUGGAGCUGCUUUUGGAGCAGCUGGCCAACGCUGCAUGGCCCUGUCUACAGCAAUUCUAGUGGGAGAAGCUCAGAAAUGGCUGCCAGAGCUUGUGGACAGAGCCAAGAAUCUACGUGUAAAUGCAGGAGACCAGCCUGGAGCAGAUUUAGGGCCUCUAAUCAGUCCCCAAGCUAAGGAACGGGUUUGCCAUCUGAUUGAGAAAGGAGUAAAAGAAGGUGCCAGCCUUCUUCUGGAUGGACGUAAUAUCAAAGUGAAGGGCUAUGAAAAUGGCAAUUUUGUUGGGCCAACGAUCCUUGCCAAUGUCAAGCCAAACAUGACUUGCUACAAGGAGGAAAUCUUUGGGCCUGUCUUAGUGGUUCUGGAAGCAGACACUUUGGAUCAUGCCAUUGAGAUGGUGAACAAUAACCCCUAUGGAAAUGGAACUGCAAUCUUCACCACCAAUGGAGCCACAGCUCGGAAAUACUCUCACUUAGUAGAUGUGGGGCAGGUGGGUGUCAACGUUCCAAUCCCAGUACCUCUGCCCAUGUUCUCUUUCACCGGCUCUCGUGCUUCUUUCAGAGGAGACACCAAUUUCUAUGGCAAGCAGGGAGUACAGUUCUAUACACAACUGAAAACUAUCAUUUCUCAAUGGAAAGAGGAAGAUGCCACCGUUACCAAACCUGCUGUGGUUAUGCCAACUAUGGGAAACUAAAUCAGCCUUUGUAGAUGCCGUUCCUAGUGCCCUUCUCCUAUGCUGCACUUUCCAGCUUUGUCCUGACUAUCAUAAUUUCCUUGGGAAUGAAUAGAAAGCUCCAUU